AAUUUUGCUAAAGAUAUUAAUUCGAACAGACAAGAUAAUUAUAAAAAGUGCUAUCAAAGUGAUAUAAGCACCUCCAAAGAUAAGAAAAAGGCUAUUAAAUGGAGAUUAGAAUCUGCAAAAGAGCUCCAAAAUUUAAUUGAAAUAAACAGUGCUAUAAUUGAAACAAAAAUAAUUAUAUUAGAACCUAAAAAUAAUAAGAAGCUGUGGUUAGAAAUACUAGUUAGAAAAACAAUCAUAAUUGAGACCAAAGUAUAUAGAACCUUCAGAUGCCUACUUUUGCAACAACCAACAAGAUAUAUAUUUGAUCCUGGAGGAACAAUUUUGUUAGAAAAUUAA